AUGGUGGAAAUACUUGAUAGUGAAGAUGAGGAACUUCAGAUUGCUUUGAUAGAGAGCAUUGGAAGCUCUGAAGCCACUGUAAAUCUACCAGAUAUUCAAACUGAUCUUGUCCCUGAAGACAAUCUGCAAAGUGUCCUUGAGGCAUUCCAGGUGGAAACAGUUGAUAAAGAAUCUGUAACAAAACUGCUGGUCAUGCGCAGUGAUGUUUUAAAUACUCCCUUGAAAGGCUUGAACAGAAAGAAAAUAAACUUCAAAUCAUCUCUCUAUAUCAAGUUUUCUGGAGAGAUGGGAGAAGAUCAGGGAGGUCCAAGGAGAGAGUUUUUUAGAUUAGCAAUGAAGGCCUUGCAGGACUCAGCGUUCUUUGAGGGACCAGAAAAUUCUAAAAUAUUUUCUCAUAACAUUUCAUUGUUGGAAAUGGACCAGUAUAAGACCAUAGGAAGAUUAGUGGCAUUGUCUCUGGUCCAGGGUGGGCCUGGCAUCCAUGUCCUUCACCCUGACCUGUACAACCUAAUGGUUGGCAGACCAUCAAAGAUGGAAGACCUUGAAGAACUGCUACCUGCAGCCACAUGUGAAAUGUUACAACAGUUGAGAGAUGCUGAUGAUGAGGAUAAGAAGGACCAGUUCCUCUCAAGAUAUGCUGAUCAUCUCUUAGAUCUUGGCAUUCCCAAAGUUUACCAUUUGGUGAGGCAUGAAAAAGCCAAUUUAAUUCACAUCAUCAAGAAGCAAUACAUUUACUACAGGUAG